GGAGAUUAAAGUUGUUUAUAAUUGUAAAAUCUAAUGAAGAAUCAAAGUAGUAGUAGAGCAGGAGGAAGUGAGGACGAGAACUUGGAUGAUGAGUAUGAGCUUAAGGAGGAAGAAGAUGAUCCUUUGUCAACUAGAUCCUCAUCUAAACACCUCAAAUCCAGGAUUAAGAUGUUUUUCCGGCCGCCUGUGCCGCCGGAUUUGCUCACCUUCCGCCACCCAAGUGAUCGGAGUUUCGUCAUUCAUCCAGACAACUGGUGGUACGCAUUGUGGACGCAGAUUAUACUGAUAUGGGCGGUCUACUCUUCCUUCUUCACACCUCUCGAAUUCGGCUUCUUCUACGGCCUUCCAGAGCGUCUUUUUAUACUCGACAUAGCCGGCCAGUUCGCUUUCCUCAUCGACAUUGUUGUCCGCUUUUUUGUCGCCUAUAAGGACCAUCACACUCAUCGUAUCGUUUCCUCUCAUUCUCUCAUAGCCCGCAGAUACCUGAGGUCUCGUUUUGUUGUUGAUUUUCUGGGAUGCAUGCCUUGGGAUGCUAUUUACAAGGCUAGCGGAAAAAAAGAGCUAGUGAGGUACUUUCUAUGGAUUAGGCUAAGUCGAGGUCUUAGAGUGACAGAGUUCUUUGAGAAGCUGGAGAAAGACAUCCGUAUCAAUUAUCUGUUCACAAGAAUUGUGAAACUGUUUGUUGUUGAACUCUAUUGCACUCACACAGCUGCUUGUUUCUUUUACUACCUGGCCACCACUGUGCCACCGCCAGAUGAAGGGUAUACAUGGAUAGGGAGUCUUACAAUGGGUGACUAUAGCUACACAAACUUCAGGGCUAUUGAUCUUUGGAAGCGUUACAUAACAGCAUUGUAUUUUGCUGUCGUGACUAUGGCAACUGUUGGUUAUGGAGAGAUACACGCAGUUAAUGUCAGAGAAAUGAUAUUUGUGAUGAUAUACGUCUCUUUUGACAUGAUUCUUGGUGCUUACCUACUUGGUAACAUGGCGGCAUUGAUUGUUAAAGGAUCAAAAACAGAGAGGUUCAGGGAUAAAAUGGCAGAUCUUACAAAAUAUAUAAACAAAAAUAAAUUAGGAAAGAAGAUAAGAAAUGAGAUCAAAGAUCAUCUACGUCUACAGUAUGAAAGGGGUUACACCGAAUCUAUGGCACUUCAGGAUGUUCCUAUAUCUGUUCGGGAAAAGAUUUCGGAGAAGUUAUAUGAGCCACUUGUUAAAGAGGUUCCUCUUUUCAAAGGAUGCUCCUUGGGAUUCAUUAAAGAGAUUGCAACCAAAAUUCAUGAGGAAUUUCACCUUCCAGGGCAAGUGGUUAUAGAGAAAGGUCAAAUGGUUAACCAAGUUUAUUUUGUUUGUCAUGGUCUCCUGAAGGAAGUUGGAAAUGGUGAAGAUGAUGAAAAUGAAGUACCUCUCUUGUCUUUUCAAUCAUGUAGUUCAUUUGGUGAAAUUCCUAUACUUUGUAAUGUUCCUGCACCUCGUUCUGUUCUGGUUUGCGACCUAUCUAAGCUAUUGAGACUAGAUAAACAAUCCUUCAUGGACAUCCUUGAGAUAUACUUUUCUGAUGGGCGCAUUAUGAUAAACAACCUGCUUGAGGGAAAAGAUUCCAAUAUCAGAAAGAAGCUUUUGGAAUCAGAUAUUGCCAUUCAUGUCCAGAAACAUGAAUCUGAAUUAGCUAUGAGGUUAAACUGUGCAGCAUAUGAUGGUGAUCUAUAUCGACUAAAGAACUUGAUAAGAGCUGGUGCAGACCCAAACAGGACUGAUUAUGUUGGAAGAUUGCCUCUGCAUGUAGCUUCAUCCAAGGGGUAUGAAGAUAUAGCUCAGUUCCUUAUACAUGAAGGAGUUGAGAUCAAUGUUACAGACAAUUUUGGGAAUUCUCCACUACUUGAAGCCAUCAGGAAUGGGCAUGAUCAAGUUACUUCUUUACUUGUGAAAGCCGGUGCAUCUUUAGUUAUAGAGGAUGCUGGAAACUGCCUUUGUAUGGCUGUUGUUAGAAGAGACUCACAUUUCUUAAAAAGGGUUUUGGCUUAUGGAAUCAAUCCCAACUCCAAAAAUUAUGACAUGAGAACUCCUCUUCAUGUUGCUGCGUCAGAAGGUUUGUGCUCAAUAUCAUGUUUGCUUUUGGAAGCCGGGGCUAGCAUUGCUGCCAAAGAUAGAUGGGGAAGUACUCCUCUGGAUGAUGCUAGAGUAAGUGGAGAUAAGAAGAUGAUAAAACUACUUGAAGAUGCCAAAAGGGCUCAAUUGUCGGCUUUUCCUGAUUGCUCAAAUGAGUUUCAAGACAGGAGACGGAGAAAGAAAUGCACAGUUUUUCCUUUCCAUCCCGGGGGUGCUCAAAGAGAUGGCAAACAAUAUGGAGUUUUGCUUUGGGUUCCUCCACAUAGAAUAGAAGAGCUGGUUGAAUGUUCAAAACAGCAGUUAAACUUUGCAAGCACGUCCCCUUGUUGUAUUAUAACAGAAACUGGGGGAAAGAUUUUAGACGUCGACAUGAUUUACGAUGGUCAGGAACUGUUUCUGGUUACGCAAUUUCUGCCUUGAAAACUUUUCACCAUUUUCAAAAAAAAAAUUAAAGAGAAAACAAAUGCAUUUUGUUUUCAGAAUGUGUCUCCAGCAGUAAUUUAUUUACUACCACUUUGAAUAAGAUAUGUAUAAUGUGUGACAAUAAUAUCUGACUGCUUUGGUAAAGUGGUAUUCUUUUUGUU